AUGAAUAGUAAAAUCAUUAGCUAGCUAGAUAUGUAUUUUUUAUGGCUGUGACUACCUGCAUUGCCAGAGAAGAAAUGUAUAUAGUUUGUUUUAUUUGCAGUACAUCUUGUGGUCUCUUCGGAAGAAGUCACUGGUUAGCCAGUUAGAUAGCACGUUAGCUGUCAAUUGGUAAAUCGUGCAACGGCAUGGGUCAACUGCAGUCAGAAAUGAGCUAAAUAUAAACUUUUGUGCCUAUUUUAUUCCCAGCAUUUAUUUACACAACAUGCCACUAUAUAGGUAGCAGCUAUCGUUUCUUUAUUUGCAUGCAGUGUAAGUUAGCUAGCUAGCACAAUAAUAUGUUAAUUAAAGAAAUGUAGGCGAGUCGACAGGUCAGGACCAUGACAUUUUCAGAGGUAAACUGGCUCUGGCAGCCAAAACAGCCAAAUACUCCCUCUGAACAUGAAUCGAUUCUCAAUUCCGAUUUCGUUCUAGAAACAUAAUAUCUACUUUCAUAACACACACACAAAAAUAAUUUAAAAAAUGCUAAAUAUACACUACUGUACUCUGUUUUAGUUCAGUUACAUGGAACACUUCUGGCGUCCUUUCAUCACACACAGGUGUUUGGAGACGCUAUAGCUAAUUAGAACUGGUGGUUUCUUCUGUCUUUGGGUAAACAAGCGCUGUAACAUGGACAUGUGGGAACCCUAACGCUAUACAGGUGUGUGUCGUAAUUCAACAAUUUGUUUAAUGAAACAUCUUUCUGGAUUAUAGUAAAGUAAACUUCCAAAGGUUUCCAAAAUCGCAUUAGAAACAAGCAUUAUUAAAGUGUAGAAAAAGCUUCGGGACUAUUGUACACAAUCCCAUUCAGUCUUCUAUGCAUCAACUGAGGACCAAAGAGGAAGCCCUCGGUGGCUAGCAGCUAGCUAUCAUAGUCUUGAGAAUUUGACGGCACUGCACUCGAAAUUUGAACAGAGUAGCCUUUUAACAGCCUUGUUUUUUAACAGGAUCAUUACAGAACUGUGUAACGUAAACUCGUACAUUGCCUUGGUCCGUACAAUUGCCCUUAUUUUAGCACCCCAAAAAAGUAAUACUUCCAGGUCAACUGUAAUGUCAAUACCAUUGUAUAGCACAAUUUCUCCCCUUUCCAACAGAAUCAAUUACAUGACCCCCACGCUGCCCGUUUCUGCAUAAUCCAAGCAUGCAUUGAGCCCCGUCAGGUCUUUUUAAAAAUGGCGGGUGGGGAAGCGAAACUAAUGCAUGACAGUGAGAAGGAGAGAUGUUGUGUGGGAAAAUAGCUUUUUUUCACUCGAGCUGUCCCAACUUAUCACCUUAUCGCCUCUAAAAUGUAAAUAAAACACUAUAAAGAGUUUAUAUAAUGUGUCAUUACAUACAUAUUUGAAGGUUUGUGUUGAAUUUGAAUCAGGUUUUUAGGGAGGUGCUAAGUGAUCUUAAAGUAAACAGCGGCUUUGAGAAUGAUGAUCGCAUGCAAUGAUGACGCAAAAAAUGACUAGGUAUCCCCCCUUACCCCCGUCACUGUCCAUUUCUUGUUUUUAAACGAUGAGAGAAGUGCUACACCUGGUGGAGGGAGAUUGUAAGACAGAAAUAGUUGCUUUAUGCGUACUGUACAUUACGACAUGACACGUCACGAUGUAACGGAGGGUCCGUUUUUCAACUUUUCUCCAAUACUAUAGAGCCAUUACCAUGUCGAUCAACGCUUGAAUAGAAACGUAGUUCACACCCCCGAUUUUGAAGUCAACACAGUCGCUACAGUCCCAUUAGUUUUCUUUGUAGCCUCGUUUGAAUGUUGCGGUUGCGCACAUUUGUACGGAAUGGGAAACCCAGCCUAAAACCCCAAAGAGGAAGCAAUGCAGAGACAGAAGCAAAGUGGCUAGAAAAAAAUCCCUAGAAAGCAGGAACCUAGGAAGAAACCAACAGAGGAACCAGGCUCAGAGGGCUUGCCAGUCCUCUUCUGGCUGUACCGGGACCGUUUUUGAGUAUACGUGGCCAGAUCGUUUUUCAAGAUGUUCAAACAAGGUGGACCGCGUGGACAGGAGAGAGAGCAUCUGAAUUUCUCACAAUAGUCUAUAGUAUUUGUCACACAUAUGAGAGUUAGUUCUUUUUAUUUUAUUUGUAUUUAUUUAACCUUUAUUUAACUAGGCAAGUCGGUUAAGAACAAAUUUUUAUUUACGAUGACGGCCUACCCCGGCCAAACCCUAACCCGGACGACGCUGGGCCAAUUGUGCACCACCCUAUGGGACUCCCAAUCACGUUGGGUUGUGAUACAGCCUGGAAUCAAACCAGGGUCUGUAUUGACGUCUCUAGCACUGAGAUGCAGUGUCUUAGACCGCUGCUCCACUCGGGCGAAACAGUUGUAAGGGGAGUACUGUACAUUUGUCUAACAAUCCUGCUUGGUGGAAGUGUCAACGUCAUCCUCCAGAAGGCUCCCUUCUGAUUGGUGAAUGGCUAGUUAGGGUGUGGUCAAAGUGCAUAUAACUGUAUGCUAUUGCUUUGGGGCUCUUCUGUUGGUUGUUGUUUCUAUUUGGGACCUUGUGUCGUCUAUCCAGUUAGGUCAGGACUCAGGAGCAGUGUCAAAUAUCUAGCGUGCUGUUGGCUAAAAUAAACUUUCCUCUGCAUGACUGCCUCAGUGGUCCACUCUCCUAUUAGUUGAGUUGACUAAGAUACCCUUCAGUCCCUCAUUUUCUGCCUAAUCCUCCUGGCCUCGUACCCAUCAGAGGGACACUCAUCUCCUACUCCUUCCCCAGAGAUGUCUCCCCAGGCUUCUCUCCUACCUGCGGUGGUCCUGUCACUGGUUCUGGUUGUGUGGGUUCUGACAGGGCUGACCCAUGCCCACCCCAAGGCUUCUGUCCUGGACUUCUCAGCCAGCCUGGGUAACCUCCUCCCCAGCCUCAGCCGACCAGCCAACUCCAGCCGGAUCUUCUAUGUGGUAAUGUUUGACGCUGGCAGCACUGGCACACGCAUCCACGUCUAUACCUUCAUACAGAAAGACCCUGAGGAGUUACCAGUGUUGGAUAAUGAGAUGUUCCAUUCCAUCAAGCCUGGUCUGUCAGCAUAUGCAGACAUGCCUGAAAUGGGUGGGUAUACAGUGAGGCAGCUUCUGAAAGUGGCUAAGAAAACCGUCCCUCGGCUGGAAUGGAAGAGAACCCCGCUGGUCUUGAAAGCUACAGCAGGACUCAGGCUGCUGCCCUCAGAGAAAGCCCAGGCUCUGCUGGAACAGGUGCAGGAUGUUUUUGAUGAAUCUCCCUUCUUCGUGCCAGACGAUAGCGUCAGCAUAAUGAACGGUACAAAUGAAGGAAUCUUGGCGUGGGUUACUGUGAACUUUUUGACAGGUCAUCUGUAUGCUGAGACCAGGAAGACAGUGGGGAUUCUGGAUUUGGGGGGAGGAUCGACUCAAAUCACUUUUCUUCCUAAAUCCAAGAAAACCAUUGGAAGUUCUCCUGAUGACUACAUUGCCAGAAUUGACAUGUUCAACUCGACAUAUGAACUCUACACUCACAGCUACCUGGGUAAUGGACUGAUGGCAGCUAGACUUGCAGCCCUAGGAGCACUGGGGGCAGACGGGUUAGAGUGGAGAGUGUUCAAAAGCUCCUGCCUGCCUAAGAAGUUCAGAGAGGAGUGGAGCUUUGGAGGACUCACCUACAUAGUCAGUGGGAUACCUGAUGGUUAUGUGGGAUACAAGCUGUGUUACCAGGAAGUGCUGAAGGUGGUAAAGGGAAUAGUUCACCAGCCCUAUGAGUUGAAAGACAACAGUGUGUUCUACGCUUUCUCCUAUUACUUUGACCGAGCCGUGGAUGCAGGCCUUAUUGACAGGACCCAAGGAGGAAUGCUGGAGGUCAGGGACUUCAAGAAGAGAGCUAAAGAGGUGUGUAACAAGAUGUCUAAGUACCGUCCGAUCAGCCCCUUCCUGUGUAUGGACAUGACCUACAUCACCUGUCUGCUCAAAGACGGCUUUGGCUUCAAGGAGAACACUGUACUGCAGCUGACUAAGAAAGUCAACAACGUGGAGACUAGCUGGGCUUUAGGUGCCACGUUCAACCACUUCCAGAACCUAAAGAUCCACAGAUAGACAAGGAGCCACAGGUCUGGGUGGGUAGGAGGAGAAAACCACUGGAUUAGAUGGUGCUCAAAAAUAAAUGGACUGAGGAAUUCUUGUUGUUUUAAACUUAACAGCCUUUGUUCCUGCCUUGUAAUGUCUUAAAAAUAUGCCUUGCAUCUUUGACUAUCAAGAUUUGACCUUUCUGAGAUAACAUUACAAUUGUUACAACUAUUGUGUUACCCAACACCUAAAUGGCUGGUACUAUAGUUCAGUAGGUCUGUUGUUUUCAUGUGACUGGUUGCUAUAGCACAGUGGUCUUAUAUUAUUUACAUCUCUAUUAAAGCACUGGGGGCUGUCGCUGACAAACGCCACUGAGUUGUGUUACUGUAUAAAAGGUGGAUAUUUUGACCGUCUGUUUAAUAUCACUUGGGUGCGAAAUUUAUUUUCAAUUAAAAAAAACUGGUAUGAGUGUGCUUUGCAAAAAUAGCGUGUUCAAUUGUUCUACAUGCAGCCCUCUGUGCAUCAAAUCUUACUGUGCCUUAGUUCCAAUAGCAGCUUGUGAGUUUGGAACUGAUUUCAAAGUUUCCUUUCUAUUAAUGAUGGAGGACGGAGCACAUUUAAUGUCAUUUUCAAAUAGUUUUACGUCAGCUAUUGACUUGAUUAAUUUGUGAAUUAAACUAAAAGCAACAGCCUUAAUAUUGUUUUACAAAAGGAAUAUCACUGCAUGUUAACCUCAUCUGCUCUCAGGUGAGCUUACACAAUUGAUUAAGGACGUUUCACAAUGACAAAUCCAGGUAGCUAUACAUGUACUUUCUUUUAAUAAAACUCAUGAUUUGUA